AUGUCGGGUGCCGACCCCCUGGAGACGCUGCAGGUGGAAGCGAGCUGCUCGGUUUGCCUGGAAUACCUGCAAGAUCCCGUCAUCAUCGAAUGCGGUCACAACUUCUGCCGCCGUUGCAUCACCCGUUGGUGGGCCGAACUGGCGCGCGAUUUCCCCUGCCCCGUCUGCCGUAAAACCUCUCGCCAUCGCGCCCUUCGGCCCAACCGGCAACUCGGGAACAUGGUAGAAGCCGCCCGGCAGCUUCGCGGCGCCAAACGGAAGGCCAGGGAGGAAAGUCGUUGCCAAGCUCAUGGCCAAGCUUUGGCCCGGUUCUGUCGUGACGAUCAAGCCCCCGUUUGCCUGCUCUGCGAGAUCUCCCACGCCCAUCGCGCCCACGCCCUCGUCCCCCUUGAUGACGCCGCCCUUGAGUAUAAGGAAAAGCUCCGGCGCUGUUGGGAGCCGCUGGAGCGGAAGCUGGAGGCAGUUGCCGGCUGCCGAGCACAGGAGGAGAAGAAGCCGAGCGAGUUGAAGCGUGAAAUCCUGCAACGGCUUCAGGCCAACUUGGCUCGGCUCGGGGAGCAGCGCCGGGUCCUGGCCGCCCUCGUGGCUGAGCUGGAGGAGAAAUGUCUGCAGUCGGGCGCCGAGAUGCUCAAGGACAUCAAGGACACCCUGGCCAGGUGCGAGGCCGCAGCGGCACCGGUGGAAGAACCGGUUUCUGUCCCCAUCGAGUUGGAGAAGAACUUCUGCAGUUUUCCCCGGCAAUACUUCACCCUCCGGAAAAUCACCCGGCGCCUCAUCGCCCCUAAAUCUUCCCUUCCUUCCCGGUGUCGCCAUCCAGGUGAGGUGACGUUGGAUCCUGACACGGCGCAUCCCAACCUGGUUUUAUCAGAAGAUCGGAAAAGCGUUCGUUUUGUGGAAGUUCGACCCCGGGAUUUACCUGAUACCCCACGGCGUUUCACCAUCUACCCCUGCGUUUUGGCGGCGCAGGGUUUUACCUCCGGUCGUCAUUACUGGGAGGUGGAAGUCGGCGAUAAAACCCACUGGGCUCUUGGCGUUUGUAAGGAUUCGGUGAGUCGGAAAGGGGAAUUAACGCCGUUACCAGAGACGGGAUAUUGGCGGGUACGGCUCUGGAACGGCGAUAAGUAUGCAGCCACCACCACCCCCUUCACCCCACUGACAGUGCGGGUGAAACCCAAGCGGGUGGGGGUCUUCGUGGACUACGAAGCCGGGAAGGUGGCUUUUUAUAAUGUCACCGAUCGCUCCCACAUUUACACCUUCACCGAUACUUUCACCGAAAAGAUUUGGCCGCUUUUUUAUCCUGGAAUCCGUGCCGGCAGGAAAAAUGCGGCGCCUCUCGUUAUCCGUUCGCCUACAGAUUGGGAGUGA